GUAAGUAUCCCGUGCUUGCCGGCCUAGGUCGGGCAAUCAUCCCCUUCUCUCUCUCGCGCCAGAAAACACGACGUCGUCUCAUUUGACUGUGAAAGUCUUGUUCUCGUCACUCCCUACAGUUAUUAUUAUACUUACUGGUCGUCGUCUACUACUACUACUACAUCUGUCUCUCUCUACUUUCUCUCUAUAAAUAUUAUUAGGCCUCUGUUUUUCUCACUCUCACACAGAGAAGACUAGAAAGUACGAAGACCGAUCGCUUGUUUUCUUCUGGUUUGCUUUUGCUGUGUCCAUUCCUACUUUGGAUUUUCUCUCAACAGUGAUGUCGGAGAAUGCUCUUAGAGACCUAAACAUGCUGCCCGGAUCUGAGAGGAAGAGUGAAAGCUCUGGUAAAGCGAAUUUUACCAAACCUUAUAGUGGGAACAUUGAUGAAAAUGCUGAAAAGUGCCAGAGAAAUAACUCUGCCUCCUUGGUUUCAUCUACUGCUAAUGGGGUUGAAGCUGUGAAUUCUGGAGUAGAGAUAGGUAAUGCAGAGGUAGAAUAUAUUGAGUCUGAGGAUUUAAGUGAUGUAGAAGAUGUUGAUAUCUGCGUAAAGACAUUCCUGGCGGGGCUGGACUCUAAAGAUUGGGUUAUGGUUUGUGAAUCGCUGAACAAUGUACGUCGAUUGUCUAUAUUUCACAAGGAAGCAUUGCAGGAUAUGCUGGCUGAUGUGCUACCACUCAUAGUGAAGUCACUGAAGAAUCCAAGAAGCGCUGUCAUUAAAACUGCUAUUAUGACUUCUGCUGAUAUAUUCAAUGCAUAUAAUGAUCAGAUAAUUGAAACAUUGGAUCCUCUGCUUGUACAGCUUCUUCUCAAGUCCUCACAAGACAAACGAUUUGUAUGUGAGGCAGCAGAGAGAGCUCUGAUUGCAAUGACCAAUUGGGUUUCUCCUUCGCUGUUGUUACCAAAAUUACAGCCGUACUUUAAGAACAGGAAUCCACGAAUUCGAGCCAAGGCAUCCAUGUGCUUCGCUCGAAGUGUACCAAGACUGGGUGUUGAGGGUAUUAAAUCAUACGGGAUUGACAAAUUGAUCCAAGUGGCUGCAUCUCAGCUCAGUGACCAACUUCCUGAAUCCAGAGAGGCUGCUAGAAACCUCCUUUUGGAGCUGCAAAUUGUCUAUGAAAAGUCGCAUGAUCUCACACCAACAAUAUCUGAACAUUCAGAACUGAGUUCUUGGGAGCACUUCUGUCAAUCAAAACUCUCUCCCUUAAGUGCACAAGCCGUGCUUCGUGUGACCAAUGUUGCUCGGGAGGGUCUUGUUUUGGGUUCCUGACAGGAGGUUAUACCGAGCAUGUGUGAGUAUUACUUAGUGAGUACGCCUUUAUUUUUCUCAGCAUAUACUAUAAUUUCUUUUUCUUGAUUCUGUUUUGGCUUCAAUGUCUUUUUCUUGUAAAUACCGAGAAACAUUGAGAUGUCUGAGAUGCGGUUAAACACGUAGUUGAGUGGAAUAUUCUUUGCAGAUGGGCUACCGUUGGCCUUAAAUUCAUUAAUGCAAUUAUGAUUUUGUGCAGUUAAAGAUAUUAAAACUGCAACAUGCUUGUUCUA